AUGAACGUACGAGUAGUAGAUCACGAGGGCCCAUGGCAUCAAGGAGCCAUGAAAGCAUACCGCGCAUUUCCUGUAGAUGAUGAAGUAUAUGAGCUGAUAAAUAUCCCCGAGAAUAUCAGCCAUCAAUGUCCAGGAGGUUACGACGGGUCAAUGAUGCCAUGCUUUGAAGAUAGACCACUGUGGUGGAGAGUCCUUACGUGGUUGAAGGAAAUAUUGCUGAAGAUGGCGCGAUCAUAUCAUGGUCGGCCUUUUCUUCUGUGUCUCGCACCAUUGCUUGUUGGCAUCUGCAUUGGUUAUGUCAUGGGUUGUCAGACAACAACAGACCUUAAAAGCAAGGGUACGACACGCAGGAAAAAGGUAGCUACUGAUUGGAUUUCAUGGACUACCGUGCAUGCACUAGGGAUGGUUUCGCAUCUAUUUAUGUUCACCACUGGGGAAUCUUAUACUCCUAGCGUGCAAUCAGCUGUCAAGAAGGAACAACCGAAGAAAGCAACAUCCUCUGAGGUGCACCCGUCAAUUGUUUCCGAAACCCGCGAACACUUAGUACGAGCCGGUCUGAAGAGUGACAACGGCACCCAUUCAGAAAGCGGCGUGGAUCGUUGCAAGGUUCCUCAACAUGUGGCUGUUAUCAUGGACGGAAACAGGAGAUACGGUAGGGAAAAGUAUGGGAGCGUUUCAAAGGGGCAUUGGGAUGGAAGCUCCAAGCUUGUAGAAUUCGCCAAAUGGUGUAUUGCCGAACAUGUGUCAGUCCUGACAGUCUAUGCCUUUUCGACGGAAAACUGGAGCCGAGAUCCGUCGGAAGUGGCCUCGUUGAUGGCAAUUUUCGCAAAGUACUGUGACGAAUUGAGAGUCGAAGCUCUGGAGCGGAACAUUAGGAUUAUCGUUCUGUCCACAGACUCUACAAGGAUCCCAAAGCAUGUCAAGCAAGGGAUUAAACGAAUGGUUGACGAGACUCGGCACUGCACUGGAUUGACGAUGAACAUUUGCCUUAGUUACGGUAGUCGUGGGGAGAUUGUGGAAGCUACUAAAUCCAUUGCUAGAGACAUUGAGAAACGAACCAUUGAUGUAGAUUCCAUUGACGAAGAAUUGUUUCAAAGCCGUCUCUUGACGUGUCACUCGGGCGAUCCGGAUGUGUUGAUACGAACAUCUGGAGAAGUCCGAAUCAGCAACUUUCUACUCUGGCAAUUGGCCUAUACCGAAAUGUUCUUUCUAGACAAGCCUUGGCCCGCCGUUGAAAAAGAGGAUCUGAUGCGCGUCAUUCGAAGCUAUGCCCAGGGCAGAAUACGGAGGUUUGGAAAAUAA